AUAAGUAAGAAGGAAGCGGGCUACUCCCCGAAAAUGCCCGCCCGUAGGUUCGUUUGUCGUUGGGGCUAAGCAGCAAAGAAGAAAGUCCUUCCGCCCAACGGGUGGUCGUAGAUCACCAGAACAAGGCGAGCCAAAGGCUCGCUUUCGCCCCUAUUUGAGUAAGCUGAUCGUAGACCACCGUUGAUCGUAGACCAGACAGAGUUUUGGUUUUCUUGCUGGAUGCGCUACCGCGCUUUACUUACUCUAAAGGGCGCGCUAGCCGUUGCUUGGUUCUGGCGCGCUAGCGCUCAGGACUUUCUUCUUCGCUGAGGGAGUGGAUUCUUUGCUCCCAUGCCUUUCUUGGUCGGACCAACCCAACCGGCGAUUUCCGACAAGUCUUUCUGAAUUUUUAGAGCAUGAAGCGGAACUACAAGAAAGCUUUCUUUAUCUUUAUGGAUAACCAAUCCAUUUUCAAAUAUAGUUGGAAAACUACCCCCAAGAAAUGGGUACAUAAAAUGGAAAGAUCGGAACAUGGGAAUAGAUCUGAUACCAAUACGGACUACCCAUUUCAAUUGUUGUGCUUUCUUAAAUUGCAUACCUAUACAAGGGUUCAAGUUUCGAUCGAUAUUUGCGGAGUUGAUCAUCCCUCUCGAAAACGAAGAUUUGAAGUGGUCCAUAAUUUACUGAGUACUCGGUAUAACUCACGCAUUCGUGUACAAACCAGUGCAGACGAAGUAACACGAAUAUCCCCGGUAGUCAGUCCAUUUCCAUCAGCCGGCCGGUGGGAGCGAGAAGUAUGGGAUAUGUCUGGUGUUUCUUCCAUCAAUCAUCCGGAUCUACGCCGUAUAUCAACAGAUUAUGGUUUCGAGGGUCAUCCAUUACGAAAAGACCUUCCUCUGAGUGGAUAUGUGGAAGUACGCUAUGAUGAUCCAGAGAAACGUGUGGUUUCUGAACCCAUUGAGAUGACCCAAGAAUUUCGCUAUUUCGAUUCUGCUAGUCCUUGGGAACAGCGUAGCGACGGAUAAUUAAGAAUCAGAAUAGGUCCAGUCCAGGGGACAAAUCAAUAGGAAAUGCUAUU